CUGGUGCAUUUGGAGUCUCUGUGGCUGAAGGGAGUUGUCCAGAUAAAGCUCUCCGAAAUGGUUUUCCGUCGACUUAAUGGUUUUUUCCAUAUAGGAUUGUCUUCAACUGCUCUGCUGCGCCGACUUGGGUACCAGGUUUUUAAGUGUCCAUCCCCCUCUCUUUUGAAUUCGAAACAUCAGGAUGUUCUAGAUGGGUUUUGCUAAUUUUCACUCUCUUGUCAUUCUCAAUUGUUUCAAUUGGCCAAAUCUCUUGGAUGAGAAGUUUGGAAAAUAGGUUUUUCGGCUACAUUCCACAGAUUUUGCUAAAGACUUGUGUUAAUGUUGGUUGGGCUUUUUUCCUGCAGUAAUCUCUGUUUAAGGGCUACCAAUAAUUUGGGGAUGAUUCUAUUUGGUCCCCUCUCCCUUUAUUUUAUUAACUCGAAUAAAACAUUUUAGCAAUUGUUUUUAGUUUGUGGUAAGCACUUGGAGAUGGAGUGUGAUUCUCAUUCCACUAAAUUGUAUGAUAGCUCAAUUGAGAAACUGACUUUGGAAGUUGUUCCCUAUUUAUGGUGGAAGAGUAGACCCUUUUAAGUUUGAGAAUGGACUUCAUGAUUUUCGGAGUGUGCCUCCAACAAAGAUGAGCGGUCAAGCACUCAAGCAUCACCAAAUAUGUGAUUUAGCUUAUUAACCUCAAGGAUUUUUGUUUGGGUUCUGAUUUAUUUGCUGUGGUACAAUUAGGAUUUGUCAUUUUAUAUAUUGAAUUAAUUGAUAUAUUUUCUUUUGUUUCUUGUUGUUCAGACUUCAGACAUGUGAGCUACUGGAGGGAUUGAACUACUUGGGUUGUGUUUUCCUUCAAUGCAUUAUAAAGAAGCUUGGUUUGGUUCAAUUCUUCUUUUAUUCUCUUUCUACAAGAAUAAAGUAGUAUUUCCAACUUGGCAACCAUUGGAGGACCACCACCUACACCCAUUUUUCCUCCCUCAUCGAGUGCUAGGAGAUGCUAGUUCUGCAAUCACUUACUUUGAAGAGAGUGUCAACUUCCUUAAGAAAGUGCCAACUGAUGAUUUGGAGAUCAUACAUACGCUCUCUGUUUCACUUAAUAAAGUUGGAGAUCUAAAGUAUUAUGAUGAAGAAUUGCAAGGUGCAAGAAGUUACUAUUUUCAGUCGUUGAAUGUUAGUCGGGAUGCAAUCAAGAAUCAUCCCAGUUCUCCAUCUCAGGUAUGUGGAUGGCUUUGGGAGCAGAAAGGGUAUAAGCUCGGCAAAGAAGUAUGCUUCAAGUAAAGAAAUCUGUAGCAUGCGAUUGUUGGCCUCGUACAUUAUUACAUUUUCAGGAAGGAGGAAUUAGAUUUUUUUUUUCAAUGAGUCUAAUUAGUUAGACUCUUUUAUGUAGUUUGAGUUGAAAAAUUCUUUUUCCAAGCUAAUGUAAUGAAUCUGUAUUCAAUAUUGUACAUUGACGUUUGGA